CACUCCCUUAAAACAACAUAGUAACACGAAGAACCUUGAAGAUUGAAACAACAGUCAAAAUUUUGCAAGUUGCAACUACCUUACUUGUGUUUGUAAUUCGUCUAAUCCAUGUGGCUUUGCAGAGUAAUGAAUAAGUAACAACUACUGAGCUGGUUUCUAAGCGAGGGACUAAGCAAAGAGAAAGAGAUCAUGUUGAUCUUCAACAGUUCAACCCCUCAAAAUCAAAUCAGGUUAUAACACUUUAGUAUCGCUAAUGGUAAAAACAGGAGUUAACAUUAACCAGAACCAAUGGCAUCCAUGCAAAAUCCAAAUCAGGUUAUAACACUUGAGUAUCACUAAUGGUAAAAAACAGGAGUGAACAUUAACAAGAACCAAUGGCAUCGAUGCAAUUCCAUAGUUGAAGGAUAAUAGUAUCAAUAACGGGGAUUAGUUUGUCAUAAAAGUCGAGGAUUUGAUUGACCAUAUCUCCCCCUAAUUUACCAUAAAUAUAAAAGAAAAUUUGAAAACUACUUCCCAAUUCGAGCAGCUAUCAUGGCAACUCUAUGCAAUAAAAAAUUCCCAAUAGAAACUGCAAACCCAGAACUGGCUCUGGUCUCACUUUUAGACUCAAUGGCUUUGAAGACAAAUUUAAGCAGCUAUAAAGAUCACAUGGAGGGAUUGGAUCCUGGAGGCAUAAUUUAAGAAAGCAAUAGCAAGUACUGAGUGCUGACUGUAUAACAAGAAAUUAUUGCAACUGCUGGGUAGCAUUCAUUUCCUAGUGGCAAUUAUGACCUUAGUGAGACUAUCUGAACCCCUCCACACAUUCAAGAGAGAGAGAGAGAGAGAGAAAAAGUAGGGUUCAGAAAAAAAUAUGAAACUGUGAAACCAAAAAAAAAAAAACAAUAUAUUCACCACUACUUCCAUAGCUCCCUGAGUUUUUCACAACUUAUUCCAAACUUGCUUCAUCAGUGUUGGAUAUGAAGUAAUACAUCAAACCUUGUCAGUGUAAUAUCCUAUUUUUAAACUGCGUUAACAACUCACAAUAAAAAUGAAAACAUCAGGCAUAGGUUAAAUAUUGCUUGCUAUAUCCUGUGAAUUUUAUUCCUUUUUACUCCUUCAUAACCCCAUCGUCCCGUAUCCUUCCCAAAAAGGCGAUGGGACAAAGUCUGUCUAUUUACCAUUAGACCAUUACAAACUCUACUUUGAUUCUGGUAUAAAUGUUGAAAUUGUCCAUGCUCCAGUUGUUUCGUUAUUCUAGAUAGUCCAGAUUUUCUCUAGUCCAAUUUCAACUCCUGGAUCCUAACAGUACUGAAUACACUACCUAACUAUAUGUCACAAUCAACUAAUAUCCCAGGGAGUAAUGUGGCUCCCAAGGCUAUUCUUGGAAAGAGAACUGAAAUUUAUUUAAAAAAUCUUCUCUGGCUUUUGGAUUAUUAUGAACUAAUUAAACAGUGGCUCGUUAAAUUGUCCGCAUAUCCUAUUUAACAGACAGAUCUUGCAUAUAAAAUAAAUAUCAACUAGAAAUGACCUUUUUGUUAAGGCAGGAAUACUGAAGCUAACAUCAAAUAAGAAUUUCUUCGACAAAAUUGGGGUAAUGUUAAUGUCAAUAUACGAGUAAAUAGUCUUUUAAAGCUUCCUAUUUUUCAUGACUAGAUUUUGAAGUUGCUCUUCAAUUUGUUUGCUCAAGUGCUCAUUCUUUUUAUCUACACCGUCCAAACUGAUAUAUUCCUCCUUUCCAUUACAGUUAUCCUCUGCAGCUGAUCUCUAGCAGUUAUUCUGAACCACUUGCGCUUUUAUAUCGAUUUUUAUAAACAAAGAAUCUUACUACUUUGUGCCUUCUAUAAAUUGUUGCAGGUCCCUCAACAGCAUCAAGCAAGAAAAAAAACUCAAAAGGAAAUCUCAUCAAAUAAAAAUCCUUCAACAUUCUCAAUAUAAUGGUCUCAUCCAAACUGCAAAAACCCACAAAUGAAGAACACAAAUUUACACAGAAAAUAUCAGAGGUGACUGCUUGGGGAAACAGGAUGCUUGGACACAAACAACAGGAACACCAAGCAGUGGCCAAACACUGUACCACAUGCAAGUGCCCAGCACCGAAAGACACAAAACCAACAUGUACUCACAUACAGAAGAGAGAACAUGCUAGCACCGUAGCUGCCAAAGACAUGAAAUCCAGUGCGUACACUGAGACAAAGAAGAAAGAAAAGGAAGGACAUCCAAGUACAGUCCAUAAGGAUGCCAAACAUACUUCUUGCAUUGAGCUGAAGAAGAAGGAAAAGCAGCAAACAACAAAUGUUCAAACAAAGGAUUCUGAGCAGCCUGUUGGUGCUGAGAUGAAGAAGACGGACAAGAAGGAACAACAUGCAAAAGGCAACACAACUAACACAUUGAGCAAGAAAGUUCACAAGGAUGAACCAACCAACCACUGGUUUUCAAGCAUGGCAGAUCAUUGGAAGGAGAAGAUCAUGAUGAUGAAGAAGGCCAAGGAAGGCAAGUCAAAAGAUAGCAGUAGCACCAGUGACAGCGACAGUGAAGAAGAGUCCUGUGGGAUAAUAAAGACAGACAAGAGACACUACCAAGGGACCAAAACCUCGUCUAAGUGAAAGAGGCUACUGCAGAAUCAACAAGGAACAAGAUAAUAAGGAACUAUGGACCGUAUAGUAUUGCUUAAGUACAAGCUUUUAUAAUUUGAUUUCCUAUUUCCUCUAAUUCCAAUUACUUCAAAUAUUAAUUUCGAACAAUAAGAUUCUUUACCUAUUUUAAGAUAGAAUUUUCUUUUAGUUUAUGAAUGUCUUACUGUUUGUAAAAGCUUACCGUUAUGGUCAUCUUACAACUGGAACAUAGACUUGGUUGUGCAUUGUCACA